ACAACAGCAAAAAUCUAUGAUUCUGUUUAAAAUUAUUUUAAAGGUUAUUAUAAAUUUUCAAUUAUUGUUCACUCCUAUAUUUUGUUGUUGUUGUUGGUUUCACAACCAACUGAGUUUGUAGAUUGUUUUCUUUUAGUUGUUAGAAAGUUAGAGACUUUAUUUAUCCUUUGUAGGAAAUUACUUUGUUGGAGCAGUUACAGUAACAGUCACGAAUCCUCAUCUAACACUGAGCAGAAAAUAAUUCUGGCACAAAAAUUAUUCACAGAAGUACCAAACCAUACAAAGGACUUAGGGUGAAGUUAUAAAAAUAGAAUGUGCAAAAUAUACUGUAUAGAAAAUAACUUGCAGACUUACUUAGUUGUAGUUGAAACGGUGGAAACUGCUAUGUGUCUUUAUGUUAAAUUAAGUAUAUGUCUUCAGAGAUAGCUUCACCUAGUAACUGAGGCUACAUUCUAAAAGAAGAAGAAGGAACUGUGUAAUCCCAGAAAGCAAGUUUUGCACUUUUACAACUCAAACGGUCAGUUUGAACCUAUUUAUCCACCAAACUGCUGUUCACACGUUUUGAAGGGGAAUUUCAGUUUAAGAUGUCAUACAACAUGAAAUGCGAACGAACACAUGCACUUGAACUGCAGCAGGACAAGAAAACCAAUCCGUCAAGUCACUGCAGCCUCAGGUGGCAGGCCCUGUUUUACAAGACGUCGCUCUCGCCUCCACCCACAGUGAUACGCCAAGAAAGUUAUGUGUCGAGGAAAAAAAGAAGUCGGAGAGAACUUUAGUCUCCAAUUAUCUGGAGUCCACUUUUAAAAACUUUCAAUUUUGCAAAAUUAUACAUGGCACUUUACAAAGAAGACAGUCAGGAGGACGCACUGGAAUGCCCUGUGUGCUAUGAGAGUCUCUCUGGCACUGAGCGCACUUUGAGCUGCGGACAUGUAUUCUGCCACGACUGCUUGGUCAAAACGCUGGUCAGCAUCAACAGCGAUGGAAACAUCCGAGACACGAUCGUUUGCCCCAUCUGCAGACAUCUUACAUUCAUCAAGAGACAAAAGGAAGCGCUGGUGUCGCUCACAGCGGACAAGGAUCCGCAUGAAGGGCAAACCCUGGAAGUACCUCUUCCUCUGCCACUGGGGCAGCUCCAGAGCGCACGGCGCGCCUCCAUGGAGAGCGCACUGAGUGGAGUAAACUGGGUUGCUCGCUGCUGCAGGGGCAUCUCUCAGCGAGUCCGCCGACAAAGGUUAAUCAGCCCCAGCCAUAAUGCAUCUCAGAUCUUCAUCAUAAGCGCUCAGGGGCGACCUAUGGCUGAAGAAGAGGCGCUCAGUGUUGUGAUGACUGUGGUUCAGCCCCAGCGCAGGCGAAGACGCAGGAUUUGUACAACAGCACGAUGCUUGCUCGUCUUGCUCUCGGCAUUUACUGUCUUGGCACUGGUGGCAGCGACUUUGCCGUGGAUUUUGUUGGCGUAGCACCUUGAUAAAUAUGUCUGAAUUUAAGUGCCAGUAAGGACAUGAUCAAGUGACAUUUAAAGACAGAGAGAAGUCCGCGUAAUGUUACCCAUCAGCUAAGGAAAUGUGUUUGUUAGUCUGACUGAAAAAUAACAAGGAGUGUGUAAUCAUUCCAAUGAAAAUGUAAAAUUCAGUAAAUACAUGAAGAUCUGCUUUAGUUUUUAAAGAUGAUCAGGUGUAAUUUCUUUCCCUGAUUUUGUGGCAAAGUGAGGGAGUUUAUAUGCAUGUCUUGUCCUUUUAUGAGUAUUACCAAGCAACAGUGUAAAGCAAAGGUUAGGAAAGCCUUGACAGCACUCUUUUGUUUUGCAUUCCUGUCUUUGACAUGUUCGACCUGUUUUAUGAGAAGCACAGGUGAAAAAAAUUAACCAAUUUCAACAUAUACAAAGGUUGUUGAAUACAAUGGAGGUGCGACUUAUAUAGUUAUAACUUAACAACUACAAGUUUUUGUUAGGAAUUCAAUAAA